AUGGCAGCAAUGUUUUUGUGGUUGCUCGUCUUUCUGUGGCUGCAGCUGCCUUCAGCUAAGGGAAAGGAAGACAAUGUUGUGUGUGCCAUAACUGAUCCUUUCCAGAUUCCAUAUGAGUAUUUUCAGAAAGGGGACCUAAUCAUUGGAGAGAUGACAUCACAACUUGGAUGUGUAAUUGAAGAAUUACAUUUUAGUGAACCCCCCAAAACAAAAUUCAUAGAUCAACUUCUGGCAAUAUCGAAGAAAUACCAGCAUGUUCUUUCCUUGGUAUUUGCCGUCAAGGAGAUCAAUGAGAACCCCAAGAUGCUACCAAAUGUCAGCCUGGGGUUCCACAUCUAUGACAGCUACACAAAUGCAAGGAUGACUCAUCAGAAUACCCUGAAUCUUCUGUCCACCACAGAAAAAAUUAUCCCCAACUUCAAAUGUGACAAACAAAAGAAUCUGAUUGCUGUCACUGGAGGACUUGAUUCAGACACCUCCUUUCACAUGGCUACUAUCUUAGGCAUCUACAAGAUUCCACAGGUUGCCAACUGUGUAGUAGCUCCAGUGAGUAGUGUUCAAUUCCAGUUCCAUUCCUUCUACCGGAUGGUCCCAAAUGAACAAUAUCAAUACAGAGGGAUGGCUCAUCUACUUCUGCAUUUCCAAUGGACAUGGGUGGGGAUUGUUGCAUCAGAUGAUGACAACGGAGAGAAGUUCAUGCAAACCUUGAUGCCAAUGCUCUAUCAACAUGGAAUCUGUACAGCCUUUAAUGAAAAAACACCAUCCAUAUCUCAUGCUCUAGAUAAUUUCAGUUCAUUAGAAUUAAUCAGGGCCAAGUCCUUUUCUGUAAUAGUCUCAGAAGUUAAAGUAUUGGUUGUAUGUGCUGAACCUCAGACUAUGACAGCUUUGAUAUGGAUGAUAUAUUUCUUUUCAUUAUUAGAAGGUAUUGCAGAGAUUUCUAUGGCCAAAGUGUGGAUUAUGACAGCUGAAUGGGAUUUCUCACUUGAAACACUGCAUAGGGGCAUUGAUAUACAAGUAUUUGAUGGUGCCUUGUCUUUUGCAAUUCAUUCAAAUGCCAUACUGGGGUUUACAGAAUUCCUGCAGCUCCUACAUCCUGACUCUGCCAAAGAGGAUGGUUUUAUCGGGAUCUUUUGGCAACAGGCAUUCAACUGCUUGUUUUCUGAUUCUAAUGAGCACCACAAAAACAUAACUACUUGCACUGGCCAAGAGAAGCUGGAGAGCCUUCCUGGUGCUCUUUUUGAAAUGAGCAUGACUGGUCAAAGCUACAGCAUCUAUAAUUCAGUCCAGGCCAUUGCACAUACUUUACAUAAGGUGUACUCAUCCAGAACAAACCACAGAACAAUAGCACAUAGUCUUAGACUGAAUCAUCGAAAUCUGCAACAUUGGCAGCUUCACCCUUUCCUGAAGCAUAUCUCAUUUAACAACAGUGCUGGGGACACAGUGUCUUUAGACGAGAAUGGUGAACUAGCCUCUGGAUUUGAUAUUAUAAACUGGGUUACUUUCCCAAACCAAUCUUUCUUACGAGUGAAAGUAGGAAGAAUAGAUCCACAGGCAUUGCCAGGCCAAGAGUUCACUGUGAAUCAGGAGGCCAUCACAUGGCACAGCACAUUUAAUCAGGUGGUGCCGCUUGCAGUGUGUAAUGCCCACUGUUAUCCAGGCUACAGCAAAAAAAAGGAGGGGAAACCAUUCUGUUGCUACGAUUGUGAUCCAUGUCCGGAUGGGAUGAUUUCAAACCAAAAAGACAUGAAUUAUUGCUUCAAAUGCCAAGAAGAUAAAUUUCCAAACAAGCAUCAAGAUCAAUGCAUUCCCAAGAUUCUUCAUUUCCUCUCUUUCUCAGAACCUCUAGGGCUGAGUUUAGCUGUCUUGGCUCUGUCUUUUUCUCUGAACACAGCUUUGGUGUUUGGAGUCUUCACUAAACAUCAUAAAACUCCCAUUGUCAAAGCCAACAAUUGGGAUCUCACAUACUCUUUGCUCAUCUGUCUUUUCCUCUGCUUCCUUUCCUCAUUGCUGUUCAUUGGCCAUCCUCACAUAGUGACCUGCUAUUUAAGACAAACCACUUUUGGCAUUAUCUUUUCAGUUGCUGUGUCUUGUGUAUUGGCCAAAACCAUCACAGUGGUUCUAGCUUUCAUGGCCACCAAACCAGGAUCCAGGAUAAGGAAAUGGGUGGGGAAAAGAUUCACAAACUGUAUCUUGCUUGGUUGCUCCUUUAUUCAAAACAUUAUUUGCGUUGUAUGGCUCUCUACUGCUCCUCCAUUCCCAGAUUUUGACAUGCACUCUCUGGCUGGAGAAAUCAUUGUGGAAUGCAAUGAAGGUUCAUUCUCAUUGUUUUAUUGUGUCUUAGGUUACCUGGGAUUCUUGGCGAUUAUCAGUUUCACUGUGGCUUUCCAUGCCAGGAAGUUGCCAGACAGUUUUAAUGAAGCCAAGUUCAUCACUUUCAGUAUGUUGGUGUUUUGCAUUGUGUGGUUAUCCUUUGUUCCCUCGUACCUGAGCACCAAGGGGAAAUACAUGGUGACUGUGGAAAUCUUCUCCAUCUUGGCCUCUAGUGCUGGGCUAUUGGGUUGUAUAUUUUUCCCCAAAUGCUACAUAAUUAUCUUGAGGCCUGACCUGAACAGCAAAGGACACUUAAUUAGGAGAAAUUAA